AGCGUAUACGUUGAGCAAACAAAGGACUUUAUGCAUGCAGCUAAGGCAGCAAAUGGAGUGGCGUUUUAAGCUAAUGACAUGAUGAAGCAUAAAUUCUACUUGAAGCAGUUCUCGCGUGCAAUUCACCCAGAUUUAUAGCAAGUGAAAGGUUUAAGUUAUUUGUAUAGGAAUGUUAUAUCUAUUGCUGAUCCUGUUUGCCUCGGGAGUUGGCGCUGCUGGAGAAAACAGUAGCGUUAUAAAGCAAAACAAGGCAUGUGCAACAGGAUGUACUAGUCGCGGCAACUGCAACGGAGAGACCGGAAAAUGUGAAUGCCCUUGGGGCUACACAGGCGAUGCUUGCGAAGUGGACCGGAUGGCAGCAUGUCGUCAAACGUCCGACGACCCUGGCUCCUGCGGCAUCCUCUGGCCCAAGCACUGCGAGUGCUACUCGGAAUGCUCACGUCUCUAUUGCCACAUGCGCAGCGACUCCCGUAACAGCGGCAGCGACCACUGCGCACACGAGCUGGGGGCGGACAUGCCGAAUGCGCGGUGCUGGCUGCCGAACGCAGAGUACGGCGGUAAAGGCGGUACGGCGACUGCAGCUGCGGCGGGGACGGGAGCGUCAUUGCAAAGGAACUCAUUCCUGCCGGACAAUUGGAAUGUCAGCACGACGUGGUUUCGGAGCUUCCCGCAACAGGCGGGUCAGACGUACGACAAGUCCCUGGAGGCCCCCACCGACCUGUGGGGCCUCUCCAACUGGAGCGGCAACCACACGGUGCACCCGCUCUCCGCCUGCCCCAACAACUGCUCCAACGGCCGGGGCGUGUGCUUCAAGUGGAACUGGCAGCGCAGGCCGGAGUGCAUGUGCCACAAGGGCUACAACGGAACCGACUGCUCGCAGGUGGACAACAGCGAGGCCUGCUGGUUCAGCCCCGACUGCGGCGGGCGGGGCACCUGCCGCAGCGGCUUCUGCCACUGCCAGCCGGGCUACUUCGGGGUGGGCUGCCACCGCUCGCAGGCCUUCCAGCCCGCCACACCGGGGGCCAUACCGGAUGUGAGGAUUGUGAGCCGGCUGAAGAUCUACAUGUACGACCUGCCCUGGCACGUGGCUUUCCCGUACGAGUACAAUGACGGCCACUUUAGUCGUGACCCCAUGUACUCGGCGUACGAGUCUUUUAUGAAGUACUUCCUGCAAGACAACGUCGUCCGUACAGAGAACCCCUACGAGGCCAACCUCUUCUACGUGCCCAUGCUGCUCUACUUCUACGUCGGCAACGUGCGCGACCCGGUGCCUCAGGCCGCCUGGGCGCUGCGCUACGUGCGCGAGAACUGGCCCUUCUACAACCGCACAGGCGGUCGUGACCACUUCUUCUUCCUGACUGGCGAUCGAGGCACCUGCCACGUGCCUCGCUGGAUGCAGGACGGCGGCAUCAAGCUGGUGCACUUUGGCAUGCAGCACAGCGGCCUGAACUGGGGAGGAGUACACAACAAGGAGUAUGCAUGCGUGCAAGUGAAACGCGACCUGGUGAUUCCGCCCCUCAAUAUGUUCAAUGAGCUGCUGCCAGCACACACGCGGGGGUACUACGAGAGGGUGGUAGCUGACGGCGGCCGUGACGCCAACCGCACGCUGCUGUUCUUCUUUGCUGGGGGAGUGGGGGACGGCGAGUACAGCGGGGGCACGAGGAAGGCCAUCAAGCAGCUGCUGGACAGCUUGAAGCCGCCCCCGCCUGACGUGUUGUUCAUGGAGGGGCGCACCAACAGCUACCGCGAGCUCCUGCUCAACUCCACGUUCUGCAUCUCACCGUACGGCUUCGGUUGGGGUCUGCGUGUCGUGCAAGCCAUAGAGUUUGGCUGCAUUCCAGUCCUCAUCCAAGAUCACGUCUUCCAACCGUUCGAAGAUUUCAUGCCGUACGAGGAGUUUGCCGUACGAAUGCCGUUGAGUGCCGUACCUCGCAUGGUGGAGGUACUUCGGAGCUACAGCGAGGAGCAGCUGGCGGCGCUAAGGCUAGGGAUGGCCAAGUACUACAAGGCCUUCAUUUGGAACCGCGAGUACGGAGGCCAAGCGUACGAAUGGACGUUGGUUGGCUUGGAGCGGCGGUUAACCAACCUGCAGGCGGAUUUCUUCCACCACCACCACCACAGGCACCACCAUCGCCAUAGGCGGAGAUUAGACUAGCUAAUCGUCACUAAUGUCGCUGAACGUGUUCCCGGAGGCUGUGAGGUUCUAUCGACCCGUGACUAGAAAAGCAGUGCCGGAGGGGUGGCACACUUCUAGCCUCGUAUUGUAGCUAGGGUAGAGGAUAGCUGCGUGGUAUUAGCUCACCUGACCCAUGGGUCUACUGGAUUAGGCUGGCGAGACUUCAACCUGUAUUGGGUUUUCCUUACUAAGAUAUUGGCUGCGGUGCUGCUAGCUAUUUGCACUGGAUAUUCAUGGCCCCUUUGAGCUGUGAGAGAAGUGAGUGGGACGGAGGGACAUGGGAGAGACGGAAUCUGGUACGGUGGUUGGGGAGGAGGUGUUCAGGUUAGCCUAAUCGUCAUUAAUGCUUCUUCAUUUGCUGUACGCUUUGUACUCCAUUUAGCUCCGAUGUCUCGCUUACCUAAUGUUUAAGGCGGGUUCGACACACGCAUGCCAGGUAGCCGAGAGGGGGCACCGUCCCGUGGGACAUGGCGGAAAGCUCCUUGCCCCAGCAAAGCCUCUGCCAUUCCAUCGUUAUGCCGUACACCUUGUGGGGUUAUGUUCGCGGGUGUAAGGCAGCAUGUUUUCGGCUUCUUUACAUGUCAUUUAGCAUCUUCAGGCUUUCCUGCCGCUCUCCUGUAAUCUAUCCACAACCAGA